AUGGGCUCUCAGUUCCAACUUCAUAGAGCCGCAGUGCUUCAUCGGGCCAUGUCGGCUUCACUCGGUGAGAAAGUCGCUUUUCCAGGAAACCAAAAAUACAGUUCUUCCAUUUCUUCGUAUCAUAGCCAACAAGAAUCUCAUCUCGAACCUUUAUGUAUCGUUAUACCAACCACAAGCGAAGAUGUCUCUGUCGCAGUUCGCUCACUAUCCUCUAUAGCGGAGUCACUUGGUGAUUAUGAGCAGAGUAGUUGUCAAUUCGCCAUCCGAUCUGGUGGACACACAGGUAAUGCUGGAGCGGCAAAUAUUGCUGGUGGAGUAACAAUAGACUUACAUUCUCUUAACACUAUUGAGGUGAGUGAGGACAAGUCUACAGUUUCUGUGGGGGUAGGUACUCUUUGGGGUGACGUCUAUUCAGCGUUAGAUCCUCUUGGUAUAUCGGUAGCUGGCAGCCGUGUAGCACAAGUCGGCGUUGGUGGAUUAACUUUAGGUGGCGGAAUCUCAUACUUUUCGCCGCGAUACGGUUGGACAUGCGAUACGGUAUCGAAUUUUGAAGUUGUGCUGGCUAAUGGGUCUAUCGUAAACGCUAAUGCUGACGAGAACCCCGGUCUUCUGUUUGCUCUCAGGGGUGGUUCAAAUAACUUUGGCAUUGUCACUCGGAUCGACUUUCAAACUUUCGAACAAGGCCCUAUAUGGGCAGGAGGAGUUCUUUCUUCUAGUGACACCAUAGAUGAGCAGCUUAAAGCGUUUUCUGAUUUAAAUUCGGCGGAAUACUAUGAUGAAUAUGCGUCAUUAAUUACGAAUCUUGGUUACGCCGGCGGGCCCAAAACUUUCAUUUUAACCAACAUCGAAUACACGAAAGCCGAAGAGCAUCCUCCAGUUUUCGAACCAUUUAUGAAAAUAUCUGCGAUAGAUGAGAAAGUGCGCAUUUCUAGUAUGGCAGAAAUGGCGGUAGAACAGGGCUCGUAUUCGAAAAAUGGACGGCGUCAAUUAUUCGUCACGAUAACCCAUAAGUCCACCGUCCCAAUGCUCAACGCAGUUUACUCAAAGUGGGACAAAAGUAUAGAGACCAUCAAAGGCGUUCGUGGCAUUGUUUGGGCCAUUUCGCUAGAACCGUUACCGCCGGCCAUCUACGCCCGAUCCGCUACGUCUAAUAUUUUCGGACUUUCAGACCGGUCAGAUGCACUGGUCAUAACCCUGUUAACUGUGUUUUGGAGAAACGAGGCGGACGAUUCGAAGGUUGAGAUGGCAGCACGCAAAUUAUUUAAAGAGAUUGAAGACGAUGCGAAAAGGUUAGGCGCAUAUGAUCCCUUCAUUUACCCAAAUUACGCAGCGCCGUGGCAGGAUCCUAUUGCUAGUUACGGGGAUGAAAGCUUGCGGAAAUUACAAAGAGUGAGGAAGGAUGUAGAUCCGAAAGGGGUUUUCUCGCGUCAGGUUCCUGGUGGUUUCAAAAUUCCGUUCUAG